AUGCUGCCCUUCAGCCUGCUGUUUCGUUCUAGACACCAACCAGUUUGUUGUCUUGUCAAUUUGACCACUUCAGCCCUUCUGCAAGAUUGGAUUCGAAAAGCCACUCCGAGGAAACCUACCCGUUUCAAGCUACACAAAGCUUAUACUGUCCUUGAUAAUGAAUUUUUAGAGUUAAAUCAACGGAAAUCCCUUCCCUUGCCACAGAAUGAUUCCUUGCUGCAUCAGAGUAUCUAUGACUCAGUUAAUUCUUCUAUAUCCGAAAAGCGUUCUCAGUACUUUGCUGUUGUGGCUAUUGCAGGGAAACAGUUCAAAGUAACUAAUAACGAUUUAAUUAUGAUCAAGACACCGUUCUAUGGAACUGAUGUUGGUGAUCGCGUUCAAUUACAGAAGGUCCUACUCUUAGGAUCAUCAGAUUUUACUAUAAUCGGUCGACCAAUUUUACCAGUGCAUCAGGUGUUUGUUGAGGCUGUAGUAAUUGAAAAAACUCUUGAACACCCUAAAGUUUGGUACCAGUUUCAUCGUCGUCGUAGACACCACAAACUGCGAGUAUUCCAGGGAAAUGUUACUGUCCUCCGGAUUAUUGAUGUUCGUCCCAAUAUAUUAGCAACUCAGUAA